AUGCAACGCUGCUUCACCAGACCUACAAAGCGUACCGUCACAACCACACACUGUCCCGGCCCAACCGAAGGCAGCUUGAUAGACCGUCAGGGCUGCCUCCUUCGGCGGAGACAAUGCAGCGACACAGGCGCGCUCCUCCUCCUCCUCUUCCUCCCGCUUCCUCUGCAUGCGCUGCUCGGCAUCUGCGCGCUUGUCCGCCAGCCGGAGCUGCCGCCAAUGUUCGAGGGGUGGAAAGUAAUGCGGAUAGGAAAAGUUUCUAGUACUAUGAACGCUGGAGCCAUGUUGGCAAUUGACUGUGAGAUGGUCCUUUGCCACGAUGGUACAGAAGCUGUUGUCCGAGUAUGUGUUGUAGACAACAAACUCAAAAAAAAAAAACUGGAGGUAACAUAUUCUGUUGCAGAUUACAGGACAUACAUCACUGGUGUAUCUAAGAAGGAUUUAGAAGGAGUCACAUGCUCAUUACUUGAUAUUCAGAAAUCACUGAAGAAAAUAUUGGCCAAAGGAAAGAUUUUGGUUGGCCAUAGCUUAUAUAGAGAUCUAUAUGCUCUGAAGUUUGAUUACAGUCGAGUCAUUGAUACGGCAUACAUCUUUAAGUAUGCGAAUUUACCUACUACUUCAUCAGCUUCUUUGAACAGCCUUUGCAAGUCUGUUUGUGGGUAUUCCGUUCGGGAAGACGGAGAACCACAUAACUGCUUGAAGGAUGCAGAAGCUGCGAUGAAUCUAGUUACUGCAAAGCUCAAGCAUGGAUUUAAUGAUCCCAUCGAAAUUGCGGAGAAUAGUGUACCUGAACCUAACCAGAUGAAGUUGCUUGCUCAAAGAAUUCCAGUCUACCUUCCUUGUCAAGUGCUGCUUAAAUUUUUCUCUGGGAAUCCCAGCAUCGAUGAGAAGAUUGAUUCAAGGAUUCGAGGCGAGUUUUACUCUAUGUGUAUUUCUUUUAAUGACAUAGAUGAGACAUAUAAAGCCUUUGAUGAAUUAGAUGGCCAAGAGACUAAGGACUCCAGUGUGCGACUCCAAAAAUCAGUACUCCUGAAGCGUGACAAUGGAGAUGUCGCGGGCUUCUUUGUCCGGAAGAUGGUAUAUGGUUCCCGACUCAGCAAUUCUGAACUUUUGAAGAAGAGGCCACAUCCUACUCAGAACACGGAGCAAAAGAAAGAAGAUGCCAAUGGGGAUAAGCGAAAAAUGCAAAGAACUAGCAAGAAGCAUGUGAAGAAAGCAAAGGCACCGGUUGUCGAGUGA